AGCGAUCUCGAGUUCCGUGUGCACACCUUUGCGGCCAGCCGUGGCCAAAGACGGAGCGUAAAGGCGAACAAAGGAUCGAUCGAAAGACGAGCGUUGCGGUACGAGGCGAGACGGUAUUAUUCAUCAGCGAGCGGAAACGCCUGGAAGGUAGUAGACCUACAUCCGGCCACGUGCCUCUACUCCGAUGGACCAAUGAGAUUCGUGACACGAAGAGAAGAAACCAAUCUCGUGGUCGAUCGAGCCGAAAGUCCAGACGAAGCGUCGGCACGCGCCAAAACCACCGAAUUAUUCAAAUGGAAUUCACAAAACGAGCCAGCUGCUUCGAGCUGGAUCAAAAUUGGGGGAGUGGGUCGUACGAGCGACACUUUUUAUGAGUCGUAUGCCUCUUACCUCCCUCUUCGUUCAUCUCGUUCUCGAUUUCUACUGCCUCGCUCUAUCAUACAGCGUUGGAUUCCUUUCGUUGCUACGAAAUAUUCCAGAAUCACACAGAAAUCACACACAGGAGUUGAAGUUCACAAUUAAACCGUGCGUGUUCACGUGUAAAUUUACAUUUACACGUUUACGAGUACGGAUAAAGAGACGAGGCCUACGCAAAGAUUAAAAAUAACAAGCACGUGCUGAUUGGAAUAUUUCACAUAUUUUACACAUGGUUGCGAGUUACGUGUAUUUUUUGAAUUUUCCAUAAAUGCUCGGCAGUUCGCUUGAAACGAAUUAAUGGAAAGAGAUUUAAACGAAUCACCUCGGACAAAGAGGCGUGUUCGCCUCGAUUGCUUUUCGACCACGCAUGGGAAGCACUUUUUAUUUCGACGUUGAACGAGAGAGUUCCCCUUUCCCCCUUCGCCGGAUCCCCGAGAAGCGAAGAAAAGCCAAGGAUCGUUUCGCGAGUAAAUAUAACAGACCGUUCGAUGCUGUGUGUCUUUUCCAAUUUUUCUGAGUAAACCAUUUCCGCGAGGGUUUCCCCCUUAUCGUUCUCCUUGGUGUUUGAACGUUCGAAAGGAGACGCCGCAGAGACGGCGAGAGAGACAGGAGAGGGCAGAAAGCGAAUUGCGACAUUUAAUGCGUAAUAUCCUAUAUAAUCUUGUAUGAAAAGCUUCGCGUUAUGGUUCACGAUAGAAUAAAAGCGAGAGCGAGAGUGAGAGAGAGAGAGAGAGAAAGAAGGAGAUAGAGACAGGAACAGAGGAAGAGGGUGGUUUCUCGAGGGUGGCCAAGAGACGGUUAAAGGCAUUGAGCCGUCCAAGCCACUCGCGAGAAUUCUGAACUCUCUGCUUCUGCGUCCUCCGCUAGAAACCCUCGGGGGUUGGGGGUGGCAGAUGGCAGCCGUCGGACUAGUUCUUUCCAACACUUUAACCCGUCAGAAUCGGAAGACACUUAACCCCUGGAAGGGGACGUGUGCGAUCGACGAUCGUCGUAAGACGUCUUUCACGCAACUUUUUCUCCGUUGAGUCAUUUUUAAGAUAUCUGACGUUAUUAUCAGCGAUAUUGAUAUCUGA